AUGCCUUCUGCCCCUUACUGGGUCAUCUCCACCGACUAUGAAAACUACUCGCUGGUUUACUCCUGCACUAACAUCCUCUGGCUCUUCCACAUUGACUACGCCUGGAUUAUGUCAAGAGCUCCCGAGAUGCACCCAGAAACCGUGGAGCACCUGAAGAGCGUUCUCCAGUCCUACAAGAUCGACACGGAGAAAAUGAUACCCACGGAUCAACUUAACUGCCCUCCUGAGAUGUAA